UUCAACACCAGUUUGAUGGGUAUUCUCUCGCCGUGUUCCAUGCGAAACUGUUUUGAUUAUUUUUCAUACUUGCAUUCGUGCUGAUUUCCUGUUAAACGCCGUCAAAUAUCGUACACCCAAAUAACAAGCGUAUACCUGAUGUGCACGGCGAUGGUAGAGUGGAUAGAUCUUCAAUUUUCUAAGAUAUAAUAGAGAAGUUUUUUUGUUCCAAAUUAAUAUGAAUAUUUCUUUCGCUUCAGCAAAAUACAUUGCUUAUUGCUCACGAUUUUUUGUCUGUUUAGCAGUCUUAUCAGAAGUGCAUCCAAAUAAUCACUUGAAAAUCAGAAUUUCAUGUAAUCUUAAUGUAGCAUAAUGACAUAGAUUCAUAAAAACGCAUGAUAUAUGUAUAAAAUAUAUGAAGUAAAUAUUUUCGAAAUGUAUCUGCAAUCAUGUCAUCCGUAUAUUAGGCAAAAGAUUAAGCUGGUACAUUACAUGUGUUACUUUUUUAUAAUCAUUUGUUUUUCUGCAAAAUAGCGACAGCUACUGCGAAGCGUGAAAAAUUACUUUGCUCCUGAUUUUUUUUAAUUCACCCAUUUAUAUCCAUGCACAUCAUGAAAAAUGUGACAAAUCGUUUAAUAUCUAGUCUUUCUACUUACAUUUAGUUGUCUAGGCAAGAAAUAUAAUGUCUAACAAAUCGUUUGGAAAAGGAAACAUUUCAAGAGAGCCCAUGCAUAUCCGCACAGGAGAUAAACCUCAUGUGUGUGAGGUAUGUAAUCGAUCAUUUAAACUAAAAGGUAAAUUAAACACCCAUAUGCGUAUUCACACUGCAGAGAAAUCUUACGUGUGUAAGGUAUGUAGCAAGGCUUUCAUUCGAAAGGAUCAUUUAAGCAAGCAUAUGCUUAUUCACACAGAAGAGAAACCUCAUGUAUGCAAGUUAUGUAACAAGCCAUUCAGACUUAAAGGUCAUUUAAAUGAGCAUGUGCUUCUUCACAUAGGAGAGAAACUAUAUGUAUGUGAUGUAUGUAACAAAUCAUUUAGACACAAGAGUGUUUUAAAUCAACAUAUGCUUAUUCACACAGGAGAGAAACCUCAUGUGUGUGAGGUAUGUAACAAGCCAUUUAGACGAAAAGGUGAGUUAAGCAAACAUGUUCUUCUUCACACGGGAGAGAAGCCAUAUGUGUGUGAGGAAUGUAACAAAUCAUUUAGACAUAAGAGUGUUUUAAAUAAACAUAUGUUUUUUCACACAGGAGAGAAACCUCAUGUGUGUGAGAUGUGUGACAAAGCAUUUAUACGAAAGGAUCAUUUAAACAAACAUGUUCUCCUUCACACAGGAGAGAAACCUCAUGUGUGUGUGGUAUGUAACAAAAUGUUUCGACUAAAGAGUAGUUUAAGCAAGCAUAUGCUAAUUCACACAGAAGAGAAGCCUCAUGUGUGUGUGAUAUGUAGCAAAACAUUUAGACUAAAGUAUCAUUUAAAUCAGCAUAUGCUUCUUCACACAGGAGAAAAAUCUCAUGUGUGUAAGGUAUGUAAGAAAGCAUUUAGUCUAAAGAGUAAUUUAAGGAAGCAUAUGUUUCUUCAUGCAAGAGACAAAUUUAUGUGUGUAGAUAUGCAGCAAAUUAUUUAGACAAAAAUGUGGUCUAAACAAGCAUAUGUUUAUCUCUGUAACAAGCAUGUAUAUGCUUAUUACAUAUAUAUAAUAAAUAUAUAAAUAUUACAAGUCUUUCUCGGUUUCAAAACAGUGGUGCACAUUAAAAUUAUGACAGACUGAAGCCUAAAAAUUUUUUUGAUUCAUUGGUAAAGCCUAGUAAAAUGAUUUCCAUAAUACUAAUAAUGUUCUUGAAGAAAAUAAGAAACUAACCAUGUUUGGUAUUUUGUUGCCAUUUGGGCGGUUUUAAUGACCCAAUUCUGCAAUUAUGCCCAACAGAUAUUUGUAAAACAUGACUGUCAUAAAAAUAAGACCUAUGCCAGAUUAUUUUGACAUAAUUUAUGGUAGUUAUUUGAGUAACUAAAAGACUGACAUAAUGUGCUUUGUUUUGUAUGAUAAUUUUAAAUAUUUUAAUUUUUUUAUUAUAACCAUAAACAUUUUUGGGUAAAGUGCAAAAUGGCCCACUAAUUCGUUUGGCACUUUUUACAAGAGUAAGAAGAAUUGGGUUUUUGUCAAUUUUCUUUGACAUUUUAAGUGAAAAUAAGUCGAUGUGUACAUGGAUAAAGGGAGUGCACGGUGCCAUUUUUGUUUGCAAUUCUGGAAUAUUUUUUAAAGUAGAUCAGUGUGUAAAUGGAUACUAAUUUAGUGCAAUUAUUUUAAAAAAAAGUCAAGCAGUGGGUGAUUCUGCACUUUUCCCACAUUUUUGUAUAAAUUAUUUACACUCUUAAAAGACAAAUAUCUCAAAAGAAUUCUCAAAGCAUUUAAGGAAAAGAACUCUAUUUUUUUAAAUGUGUUUCAUGUUGCAUGUUUAAAAUGGUUUUUGAAUUUAUUUGAAAAGCUUAUUAAUGUUAAAAAUAAAUGUUAUUAAUGUCUUUGUAAAAAACAGGUUGUAGGGAGAAUUUGUUGGUGUGUAACUAAAUAUAAGGUCGUAAAAAACUAUUGAAAAUUAAAUAACUUCAUUUUUUUAUCAUUCUUUGGCAUAUGAAGCAUAGAUAUUUAAUAUUAAGAUUAAUGCUUAAAAUUAAUACACACAGUGUUUAAAUAUGCAGUUAAGACUCACACAAAAUGCACCUUUCUCCUAAUUUUCUUUGGAAUAAAAUCUAAAAGAGACAUUCAACAUAACCAUUCUAUGUAGCAUUAUGUGUAUAAAUUAGCAUGUAAUUGUUAGGAUAUAAAAAUUAGUUGCAUGAAUGUCUUGGUACUCUUCUGUUAUCGGGACCAGAUUCAGAAAUGUACAUACAUAUGCAUGUGUAUAUGGAUGUAUGUGCAUUUGUGUGUGUGCAUACACAUACACACAUAUACAUGUAAGAUAUAAAAAAAUACGGUAGCUGUUUUAAGACUUAUUGCCAACCUCAAAAAUUAACAUUCUAUAUGUAGUCUCUCUCUCUCUUUCGCCUCUACACCUGCAUGCUGACAGCUUGUUGCUCAGCUUGUGCUAGCUGUUUACCAUUAAUUAAAAUGCAUAUUUAAAAUUAUGGGAGGCAUUUAGCACCCCUAGUCUUCUACAGUUAUGUAUUAAGAAAAUCGUCAUUCAGAAUAGAUGAUAUUUAACUAUCAAGCUGGUCAAACUUCUAAAAUUCCAUCCAGUCAUCCAUUGUGCCAUAAUGUCCAGUCAUGUCAGUAUCUAUGCAGCAGGUUUUUCUGGCCAUGACUAAACGAGAAUUGUUUUCAUAUUCCACCAAAUGCUCAAUUAUUACACACAUAUGCAGACAUGAACGAAUACAUCCAUCCAUACAUGCAUAUAUACAUACAUUUCUUAAUCUGGUCCUGAUAACAGAAGAGUACCAAUCUCUUUUUAACAUCAUUAAUACUGAUAUACCUCUCUUUACUUAAUAAAACUUACCAGCAAAA